AUGCUCUCCCGGAGUUCAAGCCUGUAUACCACGGAAGCAGCUGUUGCCUUGCACGAGUCCGUUCCACCUGACCGCUGGUGCGUCACGCGCGCGGACCUGAAGCAGUUGCGCAGGGAAGUGUGGCAGGCGAUCCAGAAGGGUGAGAUUUGUCCACCAGAUGAUGGCAGCGAUGACUUUGACAGCUCCGACCAGCUGUUUGGGCCGAGCAUCUACACGGUCAACAAGCAGCACAUCAUGCCUGUCACGGAUCUCGUCGGCAAGGUGAGUUGGGCUUUGAUGAUACACCCUGACGGCUUGGAGUGCCACCUCUUCAUCAGCCAUGCGUGGCAGGAAGGUGUUUUCGAGUUUCUGUCCAAAGUGCUGCACUCCUGGCCUAGGGCUGCACGGAACGCCUGGUGCUGUAUGCUGGCCAACCCCCAGAACCUGGACAUAGGGUCUUUGCUGCAGGCCCCAAGCAGCUCGCCCUUUGCGCUGGCUUUGCGGGCCUCGUCCUGUGUCCUUGUAAUUCCCAACCGGCAUUGCAGCAUUUACACAAGGCUUUGGUGUGUGUAUGAAGCCUGUGCCCACGAAGAGGGCAAGACAAUCUUCAUUGCCCGUGCAUCGAAUGGACCGCAGCUUCGCCGAUCUCUGCUCCUGACAGCAGCUCUAGGAGUCUUGGGCAUGGUGUUUGGUGCGUGCACGAACCAAUGGCAUUUGCCCGUCGGCAACACCGUCCCUCUUUGCCUAGCCUUCGCGUCUGUAUUUGCCAGCGUCAGCCUGAACGACUACCAACUGCGCAUGGUGUUGAACAGAUCUGGCACUGUGAUGUGCGGCUGCAUGGUGUUUCAUUGGCACACGAUCCAGAACCGACACAUAGUUGAAGGCGUGGCCAGCAGCGUGCAGCGUGUUGCCUGGCUCAUUGGUGCAGUUCUCUUCCUCUGCUUGGAGGUCGAUCGUGUCAAUGGCCGAGCGCGGCAGCAAGAAGAAGUACAGCUCCUUACUUCGCCAUUGGUUGAACUUUAA